AUGAUUGACAACGAACUACGACAGCUGAAAGAAUCUUUGACUAGAAACGCUUAUCCCGAUGCGUUUAUCGAAAAGCACAGCAAGCCUAAAUUGAUCAGACAAACGAAUUGUUCAGCAGAAAAACUACUAGUCACCCUUUGUCUUCCAUUCAAACGUGAUGACAUCAAUUGCUUGCUCAAACGACCACUUGGAUCAGCGCUUGCCCAAAACAAAUAUUAUGCACCUGACCUCAGAAUUAUUCAUCGAACGAUUGAGAUCCCCACACCCUCGGUGAAACAACGUCCAUCUCUGUACACCAAAUCGAAUCUGAUUUACCAAUUUCAGUGUAGUUGCGGAGCAACCUACGUGGGUCGAACAGAGCGCCAGUUACGUAACCGAGUGAUUGAAUAUAUUCCAAAUUGGGUACAACGUUUUGUGAUGCAAUCAGGGUCAGAUCAAAGGCAUAAUGACAACGUUCGAAACCAUAAGAUCCCGUCGUCGGCUGUCGGCCGUCGGCCGUCGGCCGUCGCUCGUCAUCUUCUGAUGACGCAACAUCCAGCUGACCGAAGCACUGCGUUUCGGGUCAUUUACGUGGCAAAGAAUACCAGGCUUUUGAGACAAAUUGACGGUGUCGCAAUCGGAACUCCAUUGAGCCCCAUUCUGGCACAUCUGUUUUUGGCUCAUCUUGAGGAAAAGGCGAGCAAAAUCCUCGAACGUUCACAACUUUACAAACGAUACGUUGAUCAUGUUCUAGUCAUCACAAUAAGUCUAGAAGAGACAACAUGGAUUAUGGAUAAACUCGAUCGCCUGCAUCCGAAUAUACGAUUUACGAUGGAAACAGAAAUCGAAGAUGCACUGCACUUCCUCGACAUUAAAAUGACUAGGAAUAAUGAUGGAACAAUGGCCAGAUCUGUUUACCGAAAAGAAACUUGGACAGGCCAAUGCUUGCAAUUUGACAGCUUUGUGUCUGUGGAAUAUGAACGUGGUCUGGUCCGAACACUAUUUCAAACAGCACGACAUAUCUGCACAGAAGACAUGAUUGACAACGAACUACGACAGCUGAAAGAAUCUUUGACUAGAAACGCUUAUCCCGAUGCGUUUAUCGAAAAGCACAGCAAGCCUAAAUUGAUCAGACAAACGAAUUGUUCAGCAGAAAAACUACUAGUCACCCUUUGUCUUCCAUUCAUACGUGAUGACAUCAAUUGCUUGCUCAAACGACCACUUGGAUCAGCGCUUGCCCAAAACAAAUAUUAUGCACCUGACCUCAGAAUUAUUCAUCGAACGAUUGAGAUCCCCACACCCUCGGUGAAACAACGUCCACCUCUGUACACCAAAUCGAAUCUGAUUUAUCAAUUUCAGUGUAGUUGCGGAGCAACCUACGUGGGUCGAACAGAGCGCCAGUUACGUAACCGAGUGAUUGAAUAUAUUCCAAAUUGGGUACAACGUUUUGUGAUGCAAUCAGGGUCAGAUCAAAGGCAUAAUGACAACGUUCGAAACCAUAAGAUCCCGUCGUCGGCUGUCGGCCGUCGGCCGUCGGCCGUCGCUCGUCAUCUUCUGAUGACGCAACAUCCAGCUGACCGAACCACUGCGUUUCGGGUCAUUUACGUGGCAAAGAAUACCAGGCUUUUGAGCAAGUUUGUACUCGAAGAUGACUGUGAAGACCCUAAAGAACUAGAACAACAGAUAUCGACAGCAGUACAGUUUCUACUAGAAGGACACUUCAUCGAUGAAAGCACAGCUCACCAUCUGAAGCCAAAAGGAACUCGAAGUGCACAACUGUAUGGUUUACCGAAACUAAACAAACCCGGAGUGCCACUUGGACCAAUACUACUACUAUCUAUGACAAAUUCACCACAACACGAAUUGGCCAAAUGGCUGGAGAAAUUGCUUGAGCCAGUUCAUAAAUCAAUGAUCAAUGUGAAAGGGAAGCACAUGGCUUCAUUUGAUUUCCAAUCACUGUUUACGAAUGUUCCCGGUCGGGAGGUCAUACGUAUCAUGUGUGAUCAUGUGGAGCAAAACGAACUGAAAAUCGGUAUACCAGUAUCAGUUCUGGUACGACAAUUACUACUGUGCACAACAAACGUAUCGUUCUCCUUCCUUGGUUGGGCUUACAGACAAAUUGACGGUGUCGCAAUCGGAACUCCAUUGAGCCCCAUUCUGGCACAUCUGUUUUUGGCUCAUCUUGAGGAAAAGGCGAGCAAAAUCCUCGAACGUUCACAACUUUACAAACGAUACGUUGAUCAUGUUCUAGUCAUCACAAUAAGUCUAGAAGAGACAACAUGGAUUAUGGAUAAACUCGAUCGCCUGCAUCCGAAUAUACGAUUUACGAUGGAAACAGAAAUCGAAGAUACACUGCACUUCCUCGACAUUAAAAUGACUAGGAAUAAUGAUGGAACAAUGGCCAGAUCUGUUUACCGAAAAGAAACUUGGACAGGCCAAUGCUUGCAAUUUGACAGCUUUGUGUCUGUGGAAUAUGAACGUGGUCUGGUCCGAACACUAUUUCAAACAGCACGACAUAUCUGCACAUAA